CUAGACCCUCGUUUUGUCAUUUUGGCUUCUCUCUCUUGCCGGCACUCGGCAGGAAAAAGAAAACAAAGAAAAUUUGAAAGGGAAGAGACGCUCUCUCUCUCUACAACUCUGCGUGAAGGUGGAAGAGAUCGGUAGAUUGUAGUUACCAGGUGAGUCUAUAGAUUGUAGGUGAGAAAUGUCUGAAGAAGAGAAAUUGUUGAAGGAGGCUAAGAAACUGCCAUGGGAAGAUCGGCUAUUGCACAAGAACUGGAAGGUGAGGAACGAGGCAAAUAUCGACUUAGCCGCGGUUUGCGACUCCAUUACGGAUCCCAAGGACCAUCGUCUUCGCGAAUUCGGUCCGCUGUUCAAGAAGGCGGUGGCGGAUUCGAAUGCUCCGGUGCAAGAGAAGGCGCUUGAUGCAUUAAUUGCAUACUUACGAGCUGCCGAUGCUGAUGCGGGCAGAUAUGCUAAGGAAGUAUGUGAUGCCAUCGUCGCGAAAUGCCUCACUGGCAGGCCAAAGACGGUGGAGAAGGCUCAGGCAGCAUUCAUGCUAUGGGUAGAACUGGAAGCCGUGGACGUUUUCCUGGAUGCAAUGGAGAAAGCUAUAAAAAACAAAGUUGCCAAAGCUGUAGUUCCAGCAAUUGAUGUCAUGUUUCAAGCAUUAAGUGAAUUUGGAGCAAAAAUUGUUCCUCCAAAACGGAUUUUGAAGAUGCUUCCUGAACUAUUUGACCAUCAAGAUCAAAAUGUUCGUGCAUCAUCUAAAGGGUUGACUAUAGAGCUUUGCCGUUGGAUUGGGAAGGAUCCUGUAAAAUCAAUAUUAUUUGAGAAAAUGCGGGAUACAAUGAAAAAAGAGUUGGAGGCUGAGUUGGUCAAUGUUACGGGUACGGCUAAGCCUUCUAGGAAGAUAAGAUCUGAGCAAGACAAGGAGCCAGAACUGGAAGCUACAUCUGAAGUUGCUGGUCCUGGCCCUUCUGAAGAAUCUGCAGCUGAUGCUCCCGUGGAAAUAGAUGAAUAUGAGCUUGUUGAUCCAGUUGAUAUAUUGACUCCUCUAGAGAAGUCUGGAUUUUGGGAUGGAGUCAAAGCUGCCAAGUGGUUGGAACGAAAGGAGGCUGUUGCAGAGCUAACCAAGCUUGCUUCAACAAAGAAGAUAGCGCCUGGUGAUUUUACCGAAGUUUGCCGGACUUUGAAGAAGCUAAUUACAGAUGUAAACAUAGCUGUCGCUGUUGAAGCUAUUCAAGCCAUUGGUAAUCUUGCCCGUGGUCUACGAACUCAUUUCUCCGGGAGUUCACGCUUUUUGUUACCUGUUUUGCUCGAAAAAUUGAAAGAGAAAAAACCUACAUUGACAGAAUCACUUACACAAACUCUUCAAGCAAUGCAUAAAUCUGGGUGCUUAAAUCUUGCUGACAUUGUUGAAGAUAUUAAGACGGCAGUGAAAAAUAAAGUUCCUCUUGUGCGCUCAUUAACUUUGAACUGGGUUACGUAUUGCAUUGAAACAAGUCAAAAAGCUGUUAUUCUGAAGGUGCAUAAGGAUUAUGUCUCUAUCAUGAUGGAGGUAAUGAUUUAGUCAGUGGAUUGUUCACCUGCUACAGUGGCCUAAACCUUUGAGGGUGUUCGGGAGAAGGCUUGGGGAAGCAUCCACAGUGCUAUGCAGAUUAUAGUUCUUCUGACUUAGUUUUUUUUCUCAAAUUCUAGUUUAUAUGUCAUUUUAGUUGUAUUCCAGUUUACAGUUAACACAAUCCACUAUUGAUUUGUUCUUACAGUUAAUAUGUCAUUUCAUUUAUCUGUCAGAAACCUACAGGGCUCUGCUUUAUUAAAAUGUUGUGCUGGUAUUAGAGAAAAAGACUCGAGGUUGUUUAUGUUAAAUCGCAAAUAUACUAUGGUUUGAUCUUUUUAGACUGGUAAACUAAUUAGGAUAUUCAGAAACAACAGAUUACUGAUAAAAUGUUAUUGAGGGAUCAGGGAAACUUUCACUUUUAUUUUUAUUUAGUUCCC